GGCGCUUGCGCGCUGGGCGUGAUCCGGGCACUCGGGGCAGGAUGAACGCUGCUUUCCAAGAUGGCGACGGAGGGAGGAGGGAAGGAGAUGAACGAGAUUAAGACCCAGUUCACCACCCGGGAAGGUCUGUACAAGCUGCUGCCGCACUCGGAGUACAGCCGGCCCAACCGGGUGCCCUUCAACUCGCAGGGGUCCAACCCCGUCCGCGUCUCCUUCGUAAACCUCAACGACCAGUCUGGCAACGGCGACCGCCUCUGCUUCAAUGUGGGCCGGGAGCUCUACUUCUAUAUCUACAAGGGGGUCCGCAAGGCUGCUGACUUGAGUAAACCAAUAGAUAAAAGGAUAUACAAAGGAACACAGCCUACUUGUCAUGACUUCAACCACCUAACAGCCACAGCAGAAAGUGUCUCUCUCCUAGUGGGCUUUUCCGCAGGCCAAGUCCAGCUUAUAGACCCAAUCAAAAAAGAAACUAGCAAACUAUUUAAUGAGGAAAGAUUGAUAGACAAGUCACGCGUAACCUGUGUCAAGUGGGUCCCCGGUUCGGAGAGCCUUUUCCUAGUAGCCCACUCGAGUGGGGGCAUGUACUUGUAUAACGUGGAGCACACUUGUGGCACCACAGCCCCCCACUACCAGCUCCUGAAGCAGGGAGAGAGCUUUGCCGUGCACACUUGCAAGAGCAAAUCCACGAGGAACCCUCUCCUUAAGUGGACGGUGGGCGAGGGGGCCCUCAACGAGUUUGCUUUCUCCCCAGAUGGCCAGUUCUUGGCGUGCGUGAGCCAGGACGGGUUUCUGCGGGUGUUCAGCUUUGACUCGGUGGAGCUGCACGGCACCCUGAAGAGCUACUUCGGAGGCCUGCUGUGUGUGUGCUGGAGCCCCGACGGCAAGUACAUUGUCACCGGCGGCGAGGACGACCUGGUGACCGUCUGGUCUUUCGCAGACUGCCGCGUGAUCGCGCGAGGCCACGGGCACAAGUCCUGGGUCAGCGUGGUGGCCUUCGACCCCUACACCACCAGUGUGGAGGAGAGCGAGCCGAUGGAGUUCAGCGGCAGCGACGAGGACUUCCAGGACCUGCUGCGCUUCGGCAGGGACCGCGCCAACAGCACGCAGUCGCGGCUCUCCAAGCGGAACUCGGCCGAGAGCCGCCCGGUCAGCGUCACCUACCGCUUCGGCUCCGUGGGCCAGGACACGCAGCUCUGCCUGUGGGACCUCACGGAAGACAUCCUUUUCCCCCACCAGCCCCUCUCCAGAGCACGGACACACACCAACGUCAUGAACGCCACGAGCGCCCCGGCUGGGGGCGCGGGCAACAGCGUCACCACCCCCGGCGGCGCCGCGCCCCCCCCCCUGCCCCGGUCCAACAGCCUCCCACAUUCCACCGUCUCCGGCGCCGGCAGCAAGAGCAGCGUGGCCGACGGGGCCAUCGCCUCGGGCGUCAGCAAGUUCGCCACCCUCUCGCUCCACGACCGGAAGGACAGGCACCACGAGAAGGACCACAAGCGCAACCACAGCAUGGGCCACAUCUCCAGCAAGAGCAGCGACAAACUGAACCUCGUCGCCAAGGCCAGAGCGGACCCUGCUAAGACCCUGGGCACCCCCCUGUGCCCCCGCAUGGAGGACGUCCCCUUGUUAGAGCCGCUGGUCUGUAAAAAGAUCGCGCACGAAAGGCUGACUGUGCUGGUCUUUCUGGAGGACUGUGUGGUCACGGCCUGCCAGGAGGGCUUCGUUUGCACGUGGGGAAGGCCGGGGAAAGUGGUGAGUUUUAACCCUUAAUGCUGCGCCGGUCUCGAACUUGACUAGGUAGUGAUUUUUUUUUUCCUUGCGGGAGGGAGGGGUGUACAACGAAUGUGAAUGACACUUCUUAUUCUCAAUGUAAAUCUCAGUGCAUCAGAGCCAUAAUUUUGGAUACUGCAUGUCAUGUAAUUCUGAAUCAUUUGAUAAUUCACCUUAGAACGUUUAAAAACUAUAAUCAAACUAAUUGCCAGCCCAGUCAGUCGCCCUCCUGGGAGCCCGUAGCGCCCCAAGGCUAGCGCCCCUCUCUUAGGCCACCCCAGGGCGGGGUCAGGCCCGCGCGGAGGCCCGAUGCUGCGGCGAGCGCCCCUGCGCCAGAGGGGCCUUCCCGCCAGCCACGCCACGAGACUGUUGUGCGCCUGACCAGUCUCAGGACGGACGCCGUCACCCGUCAUUUAUAGCCCAGUUUUUUAUCGUAAUCAUAAAAGUCUAGGAAUCUAUGAAAUUUAACUUUAGGAACAAAGCAUUCAGCAGGGUUGAUUGAUAUUAUUUUUACAUUGUUCUGGCAAUCCACAGAAAGAGAAGAGCCUUAAUUUUUAAAACCCAUUUUAGUCAUUUUAUGACAAUUAAAAUUGUUUAAUAAACAUCUUUUUUCAAAGAAGCAGUUUGGAGCACUUUGAUUGGGGCUCUG